AUGUCAAAGAUAUUGAAGUUCGAGGGUCACAAUUACUUCCGCCAACGCCUGGUCCUCGCCACCCUCUCGGGAAAGAUCUUGAAGAUUGAAAAGAUUCGCCCCAACGAUGCCAACCCUGGUCUCAGAGGCAAGCCUGGUGUAAUUGUUGGAGGCAAGGUGUACCAUGACUGUGGAACUUCCAGAGCUAUCGGAUACUUCCUUGAGCCCCUGAUUGCCCUUGGCCCCUUCUCCAAGAGCCCCAUGAACGCCACCUUGAACGGAAUCACCAACGACAACGUCGAUAUUUCCGUUGAUACCAUCCGCACAGUGUUGCUCCCACAGUUGAAGAAGUUUGGAAUUGAGGAUGGGCUAGAGCUGGAUAUCCCUGUUCGCGGAGCACCACCAAAUGGAGGUGGAAAGGUCAUUUUCAGAUGCCCCAUCGUCCGGUCCUUGAAGCCCAUUCAGUUCACAGACGAGGGUCGCAUCAAGAGAAUCCGCGGUGUCGCAUACUGCACACGUGUGGCGCCACAGUUCUCGAACCGUAUGGUGGAUUCCUCGAGAGGAAUGUUGGACUACGUGAACGAUAUCAACAUUGCAGCAGUACAUUACCAAGGCGACAAGUCCGGUCUCUCCCCCGGAUUCGCCAUUUCAUUAUUGGCAAAGACUACUACUUCUGCAUUCUACUCCGCAGAAUUGGCUGGUGGGCCCGGUCAGGCACCCGAGGAUGUGGGGCUGCAGGCGGCGAGGAUGUUGUUGUCGGAGAUCCGGAAGGGUGGGUGUGUGGAUUCAAUCUCGCAGACUUUGGUUCUGUUGAUGAUGGUUCUCGGACCUAAUGAUGUUAGCAAAGUCCGUGUUGGCGAGCUUACCCCCUUCACGAUUCAAUACCUCCGCGAUUUGCAGGACUUCUUUGGAUCGACGUUCAAGAUUACACAGGAGACAGAUAACGACAAGGUAGUCCUUGGAGCAGCACCCGACACGCUAUUGAUGACUUGCGUCGGUAUCGGCUACGUCAACACCAACAAGAAGGCCACAUAA